AAUAAAUAAUAACAUCGACUAACAUUAUUAUAAAAGUUAUAUAAAAUAAUCAAAAUUACCUGUUUCACUUGUUCCCUUCUUCUCAUUCUAUUCGCUUUGUACUUCGCAUUAAAAAUGGAGCCGCAAUUUGAAAAACUCAUAAAAGCCGGUAAAAAUUCCGUAGACGGUGUCAUACAGUGGAUGAAAGAUGCAAAAAUAAUAGACGGCGUAAAAGUAACCGAAGAAAAAGCGCGGGAUGUAUUCAAAGACGUUUCAGACCCUAAAAACAUUAAUAUUGAUACGUUCAAAGAGGGUCUCACUAAACUGGCCACUCAACAGCAGCAGAACUUCGAGGAGUUUACCAAAACCCUUACCACAGAAGCCCCGAGAUUCCUAGAGGCACUGCAAGCCGGUGCUAGCGCUUUUAAAAAUGCUUUAUCAGGAAAGUGAGAUAUGCCGCACUCAGUACCGUUAACUAAGGGAGACGCUUAGCGUAUAUUUGUUAAUUAAAUCAUCACUAACGGAGACUUUACGAUGUGCGGCAUUAACCGUUAUUAAUACUCGUCAAAUCAAUAUCAAUAUUCAAAACAAUUAUAAAAUGUUAGUCUAUGUUAAUAUAACAAUGAGAAAAGAA